AUGCCACCAAAGAGAAAUGCUAAUGCCAAAGAGGGCAGAAAAAAGGAUAAUGUGGACAAAACUUUUGGUAUGAAAAAUAAGAAUAAAUCCAAGAGAGUUCAAAAUUACAUUAAACAAGUUAAUGCACAAAGUGGAGAUCCAAAGAAAGAAGAACUAAAGAGAAAGAAAUUAGAGGAAAAAAAACUAAAGGAGGCUAUGGAAGCUGAAAAAAAAGCAUUGUUUAACCCAGUAAUAGACCAAAGAGUUAGGGCUGGUGUAGAUCCAAAAACUGUUGUUUGUGCUUUGUUUAAAUUGGGAAAUUGUAAUAAGGGUGCUCGUUGUAAAUUUAGCCAUGAUUUAACCGUAGGUCGUAGAAUGGAAAAGAAAGAUUUAUACCAGGACACUAGAAAAUUAGAAGAUACUAUGGAUAAGUGGGAUGAGGAAAAAUUAAGAAGUGUUAUUUUAUCUAAACAUGGGAAUCCAAGAACUACUACAGAUAAAGUUUGUAAAUUUUUUUUGGAAGCUGUCGAAAAUGGAAAGUAUGGUUGGUUUUGGGUUUGUCCAAACGGCGGUGAUAAAUGUAUGUAUAAACACGCUCUUCCUGAGGGUUUUGUAUUGAAAACCAAAGAGCAACAGAGAUUAGAAAGGGAAGCUUUAGAAAACCAACCAAAGAUUACGUUGGAAGAAUUUUUAGAAACAGAGAGAAAUAAAUUGGAUAAAUCUAAACUAACCCCAAUUACUAAGGCCAAUUUUGCCGAAUGGAAAAAAACACAUGAUAUUGCAAAAAUUAAUGCAGAAAAUACCGUUAGGCGAAUGGCCAAUGGUAAGCAGAAAUUGACCGGACGUGAAAUAAUUCAAAAACAUUAUGCUGAAAACAAAACAUGGGCUGAUGAAGAAGAAGCCACUUAUGAUGAUGGUACUAAUGGUACUGCUUGGGAUAUGUCUGAAAUGCAAGAAGUUAUCGAGCAAGAAAGACUAAAAGAAGCAAACGAGCAUAUUAAAGAUUAUGGUGAUGGUGAUAAUCCAGUAUUUUAG